GCUAGAUUGUUCGGAGGUCCCCAGGUGGCCGAGAGCGAGGGGCUAGAUGUCCCAGUCGGUGGAUACUGGAGGGGGAGCUGAGUGACGGGACCUGGGUGGGACCUGGAUGAGACUAGAGCUGCCUAAUCCUAACCUUCCCUGGGACCAGAGAGAAACCCUACAGAGGACACCAUGACUGAAGAUUUAUGGGUGGGCUCCUGGAGGCCCCACCACCCUCGGGGGCCCAUCAUGGCCCUGUACACCAGCCCGGGCCCCAAGUACAUGAUCCCAGGAACCACAGGUUUCGUGAAGCACACCCCAACCAAGCCGCGGGCCCCCGCCUACAGCUUCCGUGGGGCCCCCACAAUCCUGGCCGAAAACUACUCCCCCGGGCCCCGCUACAGUGUGAACCCCAAGAUUCUCCGCACGGGCAGGGACAUGGGGCCUGCCUACUCUAUCCUGGGGCGCUACGAGGCCAAGACCAUCGCCACGCCAGGCCCUGGAGAAUAUUCUCCGGAGAAAUCCAUCAAAUACGUGUUCAACUCAGCGCCCAGCCACUCCAUCUCUGCCAGGACCAAGUCCUUCCGUGUAGACAGCACCCCAGACCCCAGGCCCUGCUGCGUAUCGCCAGACCGAUAUUCAGGUGGUGAAGUACAAGGCCCCACAGUACACCAUGGCUGCCCGAAUCGAGGCCGUAGGGGACAAGACGAUGAAGCCGGGGCCGGGCGCUCACAGCCCCGAGAAGGUGACGAUGAACAAGCCCACCGCCCCCUUCCUCAGUUUUGGAAUCAAGCAUUCCGACUACAUGACCCCGCUCAUCCUGGACGUGGAGUAGGCCCUCCUCCAAGCCUGGGGGCAAGUUGUUCGGGGCACCCCCCAGGCACCAUCAUGAUCCUUCUGUCAACAGAUUUGCCUUUUAUCGGAUGGAGAGCCUCUGCAGGUGAUCAGAGACUUCUCCUCCUUUCAAUCAGGUGACAGUUUUGGCCGCAGGGCACCCUGGGACGGGGCCAGCUUGCGAAGAAACUGUGAAUGUCAUUUAUUUUUUUCUAUGACGGAGUUUAUGUUUAUUAAUCCUGUUUCCUGCUGUGCCUGGAUGUUUAAUAAAUCACCCAUUAUAUCUGC